AUGUCGCAAGAUAAAGGCUACUACGCUUCUCAGCCUCCACAGUAUCCUCAGCAGGUCCAACCAGCCUAUGGACAACCCGCGUAUGGUCAGGCAGCUUCAUAUCAACCCGGGUAUCCCCCUCAAUCUGGAUACGACCAGCCCGGCUAUCCACAAUCGAACACUAUGGGCGGUUACUAUGCUCAACCUUCACCUCAACCUGGCAUGUACCAACAACAGCCGCCUCCACCCCAAAACAGCAAAAAGGAUGAUAUAUGUUUCGGAUGUACAAUUCUCAGCGAUCCCACUCUCCCGAUAAAUGACCCUGCAUCGUUAACCUCUAGUCCUGUGAUUUUCCUUAUUCUUAUUAUCCCUAAAAGAGCGAGUCAGGAAAAGGAAAGUUUUUUCUUGCAGGUGAAAGCAAAUCUCUUGUUUAGAAGGGAGAAGAGCCCUUAUUUGGUUACUGAGCUAACAAAAUGGAAGGGAAUUAAUGCAAAGGGUUUAUAUGACCUUAGUUAUGGAAUUGUCCUAUCCAAGGCAUUUGAUCUCUCUCUUGCUCUUGCACUUGGGACAAAGGAAAUGCGACAGUUUAGUGUAUAUACUGAGAAUGAAUAG